CUCGUUUUCACUCUCUCACUCUCACUAUGUUGGCGAGCGCGUGAUUCUCAGUCGCCAGCGCCAUCCUUUGCGACGAACCCCUCCGUUUUCGGCGUACAGUAGUCAUUUUCCGACAACGAUCGGCUCUGUCCCUCAGGAUGAGUGUGAGAAGAAAUGGAGGAAAUCCCAAAGGAAAAGAUGUCUUGGAAGUCAAUAGCCCCAAGGUUGAGCAGUUAACUCAUGGUGUAGAAGGCAUUAGCCUGGACUCGGCCCAAGAUGACGGAGAGUGGGAGGUAAUUUCCAGGAAAUCAAAGAACAGAGCUGGAAGCGGUACUGCAAAACAAUGGGGUCCUCAGAAUUCUAAUUCUAAAGCUUGGGCACAGUUUGAAGUUCAGAAGCCAAGUAUGAGGAAUAGUGGUGGACCAGGAAGGGCUCCUGGGAACUUCUGGCCAUCACAAACUGCUGAUUCUAAAAAACCAGCCGGAAGAGGAAAUGUAAGGCAGCAGUCUUCUGCUAAGGUUUCUGAAAACAACUAUGUGGAUCCACAACAAGUAGUUCACCCUCCGCUGGACCACGGAUGGAACUGGCAAUCCAGAGCGGGUUUCACUCAACCCAAGGGUUCAGAUGAUGGCCAGGGAAACUAUGACAAGGACGGCGAUGUGUCUGCUGCUAUGGCUAAUGAUGAUGAUGACAACUCUGAUGCUGUGGGUGAUAGUGAUGAUGAGCUAUUUAGUGAUGAGUUUGAUUCGGAUUCAAGUGAAAAGAGUCAUGAAACUCGAAAGAGUAGCAGAUGGUUCAAGAAAUUCUUUGAGAUUUUGGAUAGUUUAACUAUUGAUGAGAUUAAUGAUCCUGCCAGGAAGUGGCACUGUCCUGCAUGCCAAGGUGGUCCUGGUGCCAUUGACUGGUACCGAGGCCUGCAACCCCUAAUGACACAUGCCAAAACAAAAGGAUCAAAGAGGGUGAUGCUCCAUAGAGAGCUUGCGGAGCUUUUGGAUGAGGAGUUGCAGAGGAAGGGAACUACAGUUGUACCUGCCGGUGAAGCAUUCGGUAAGUGGAAAGGUUUAAAAGAUGAGGAAAAGGAUCAUGAAAUUGUGUGGCCUCCAAUGGUUGUCAUCAUGAACACUAGACUUGAGCAGGAUGAGAAUGAAAGGUGGAUUGGUAUGGGAAAUCAGGAGCUUCUUGACUACUUCAGCUCUUAUGUGGCUGUGAGGGCUCGGCACUGUCCACGGGGACACCGUGGGAUGAGUAUUUUGAUCUUUGAAGUGUCUGCGAGGGGUUAUUUAGAGGCUGAGUGUCUGCACAAGCAUUUUACAGAGCAAGGAACAGACAGAGAUGCUUGGGAUCAUCGUCGUGUCUUAUUUCAUUCAGGUGGGAAGCGACAGCUUUAUGGGUGCAUGGCGGUGAAAGAAGACUUGGACAUAUUUAACCAGCAUUCCCAAGGUAAAUCAAAGCUGAAAUUUGAGAUGAGAUCGUACCAGGAGAUGGUUGUGAACCGAAUCAGGCAAAUGAGUGAGGACAACCAACAGCUUAAUUGGUUUAAGAACAGGGUUGCUAAAGAACAGAGGCAUGCCAAAGCACUUGAAGAAUCUCUUGGUAUAGUUAGUGAGAAGCUCAGGAAAACAACGGAGGAAAAUCGUAUUGUAAGACACAGGACCAAAAUGCAGCACGAAGAGAACAAGGAAGAGAUGUAUCUGCAAGAACAAUUUUUCAAAGACCAAAUCAAAAUAAUUCAUGAAUCAAGGGAUGCAAAGGAAGAAAGCUUUGAGAGGCUGCAGCAGGAAGAACGCAACAAGGUGAAGCAGUCGUAUGUCAAUCCUUCAAAUGGAGAGGAAAAGAAAUACAGGUCGGCGGAAAUUGAUAACUUCAUCAAGUCUCAAGAAAAAGAGAUGGAAGAAUUUGUGGAAGAGAGGGAUAUGCUGAUAAAAGCUCAUGAAGAUAAUAAAGCUGCAAUGAAGUGGAGGCAUUGGGAGGAAGAGGUAGAACUGGAGAAGGAUUUUGAUGCCAAAUUAACCCAGCUCACGGAGAGGUAUUCCCCGCAUAUGCCUGAAGAAACUGCCCAUGUCCUUUGAAGGCGAGAUAUCUUAGGUGGAAAGACUAGCUAUGAGUCACUAAGAAAGUUUAGGGCAUCUAGAAAUCUGAAUAGCAUACUUUGAAUAACAUAAUGAAUGCUAGAUAAGCACAAAGUUUAGAAAAUCCUUAACCUGGUUGAGACUAGUGAUGGGCACUGGCAAUUAAGAUAAUCUUAAGAUAAUCUUAUGCCCCAUUAUGGAUUCUCUUGGUAGCGUGACAUUGUUUUGUAGGAUGGAAAUAGAAUGGUAAUUCUCGGAGUAUGUUAUAUCCUAC